UGUAAACACCUAAACUCACAACAAAUUUUCUUUCUUUUUUUGAUUUUCAUAAUGGGUUUGUUCGGUAAAACUCCCCAGAAAACUCCUAAAGAACAGGUUCAAGAAUGGUCACGCACUUUGCGUAAAGAAUCUCGACAGUUGGAUCGUCAAAUAAGAAGCAUUGAGACUGAAAAGGCCAAAGUCACUCGUACUAUAAAGGAUUCGGCAAAGAAAGGUGAUGUCGAAAGCUGUCGUAUUCUUGCAAAAGAGGUCAUUCGAGCAAAAAAAGCCGUAAGCAAACUUUAUGCAUCAAAAGCUCAACUUGGUUCUGUUGAGAUGAGUAUGAAGAAUCAGCUGGCGACAGUACGAGUUUCUGGUUCGCUGCAAAAAAGUACUGAAGUUAUGAAGAACAUGCAGGAGUUGGUUAAGUUACCUGAAAUUCAGGCUACAAUGCAAGAACUCUCCAAAGAAAUGAUGAAGGCUGGAAUUAUCGAAGAAAUGCUAGAGGAUACUUUUGAAAGUCUUGAUGAUGAUGAAAUGGAGGAAGAAGCACAAGAAGAAGUAGAUAGGAUAUUAUUUGAAGUUACGCAAGGUGCUCUUGGUCAAGCUGGGAGUGUGGCCACAAAUGAAUUACCUGGUGAAAUUGAAGGGGCUACUGCCAUGGUUGAAUCGGACGAAGAAAAUGACAUGGCAGAUAUGCAGAAGAGACUAGAAUCUUUGCGAAGCUAAGUGUUUGAAAAGUUUCAUACUUGUAAUUAAUAUAAAUACAACAAACUAUUGGAUUAUUUACACGAAAACAGGAAAAAUUUCAAUUGAUUUCAAUUGACGUUUCGAGCAAAGUUUUAUACUAACAUAGGUGUUCUCUACUUUGUAUAUUAGUAGGAUUAUAUGAGCUGGUAGAAAUGUAACAAAAGUACGCAUAAUGACGUCAUCAGUAGCAUAAAUCGACUUUCAAUGAGGCGCAAAUUAUGAUUGCUAAAACAUUUCUUUAUAUGUACAUCCAUGUUACAAAAGUUCUUUUCACAACAAAAUGGAUGACAUUUCAA